CUUCUAAAACCCCCACCAAACGCCCCACUAUUCUCUCUCUAUAAAUUUGUUCAUUGUGUUUCAGAGAAGCAAAAAAUGGUUGAUGAAUUCAUGGUUUGUGUUGAUAGAAUAAUCGCUUUUGCUGCAUGCUUCGAGGAUUCAUCAUCAUCAUCAGAGAGUGACAGAGAAACUAGCAUUAAUUUUAAUGCUGCUGAAAAAGUUAAUGCACUUACUGGAAUGGUUUCUUUGAAAAAAAAUAAUAGCUUUAAUGGAAAUGGUAUUGAUGAAGGAAGUUCAACAAAGGAAAGCGUGACAGAAUGUAGGAUUUGUCAAGAGGAAGACGAGGAGAAAGAUAUGGAGGCUCCUUGUGCUUGCAAUGGCACUCUCAAGUUUGCCCAUCGAAAGUGCAUUCAGAGAUGGUGCAACAAAAAGGGUGGUAUAACCUGUGAAAUAUGCAAUCAGGUUUUCUCACCCAAUUAUACGGUUCCAACUCCAAGAAGUAAUGCUGAUGUUAUGACUAUUGAUAUCAGGCAAGCAUGGGCUCAACAUAUUGGUCUUCGGGAUCCUCAUUUCUUGCCUUUCACGACAGCUGAUAGUCAGUUUCUGCAAUCAGACUAUGAUGACUGUACCUUUGCAAGUGGAACUCUUGCAUGUUUUCGCUCUGUGGUUAUCGUUCUGAUGCUACUCUUGCUGAUACACCAAACUUUAAUGGUCACAAGAGACUUUGGGAUGGUGCAGGCAUCAUCAGAUUUCUUCCAUUAUCAGGUAUCUGUUCUUCAAUUGGCCGGGAUUCUUAUCCCUUGCUAUGUGGUGGUCCGUUCGUGGUACAUUAUACAAUUCCGGCGGAGAAGACAGGGAUCAGGAUGAAUGAAGGAAUUGAUGCUAAGUGAUCUUUGGUUUAGGGAACAGUUUCAUUUUAUUAUGCUCCUGAUUAACGUGCUCGUGUUAUUACGUCGCCUCUUGUCUUUCCUCCACAGUCGUGUUCAUAUCCGAAAGGUGCAACAGCCAAGGAGCGAACUUGCUGCCAUAAAUUUACAUUUUAUUCAACCUGUGGACUCAGAAGCAAAUGUAAAUGUGAAUGUUGAGUUCAUUAGGUGUUUUUGGGAUCCUAUCGAGUUUCAGGCAUAUUUAUGAAAGUUCACAGAUGGUUAAUUGCUUUAUAUUUGCUGAUUUCUUGUUA